CCACUAUGCGGAAAACUAAUAGUUAUGUCCCUUGUAUUUACGGAAAUGUCCUCGGGUAUGGAAAAUUUACAAGCUAUGUAGUACUCUGUCGAAUCAAAAUGGAGAGGCCGGUAAUUUCCUACCUUCAAAAAUUAGUGCUAUACGAAACCAAGGCACGCUUCUACAUCGUUGGCUCCAACAAGACAGAGACCAAGUUCCGUGUUCUGAAGAUCGACCGGACUGAGCCGAGGGAGCUAGUUGUUCAUGAUGAUAAGGUUGAGUACAGUAAGACUGAGAUCCGGAACAUCCUGACGAUGAUCAACGUGGGGAACCAGACCCCCCUGGCCAGACGGGGAGGAGUGGGGCUCACCAAGACAGUCUCGGCGUUCGGUAUUGUCGGGUUCAUCCGCUUCUUGGAGGGUUACUAUGUGAUUCUGGUGACAAAGCGCCGCAAGGUGGCGCUGAUCGGACCCCACACCAUCUACAAGAUCGAGGACACAUCCAUGCUGUACAUCCCCAACGACACAGUCAGGUUCUUCCACCCCGAGGAGAGCAGAUAUGUGCGGAUGUUCCAGAAUGUCGACUUGUCCAGUAACUUCUACUUCAGCUACAGCUAUGACCUGACCCACACUCUGCAGUACAACAUGACCCCAAGCCUGGAACCGGGUCACCAGCCUCACUUUGACUCCAUGCCAUCCCCUGUCGCCGGCAACCAGGAGUUUCUGGAAGACAUCGUGGCCCGGGUGCGGUCCCCCCGCCCCCCAGGAAUGUCGACCCCGGGGGAGGACGGGGGGUUGCUGCGGGAUAUGAACAGCAUUCCCAGGACCACUCAGUUGAAUCAGUCCAUGGAUGGCAGCCCCAGGCCUGGAGGUGAGACAGUGUAUGGAGUUCGCAACAAGCCAUGUGAGAAGUUUGUGUGGAACAAGCACCUGCUGAAGGGGGUGAUGGAGGUCGUUCACCCCGACUGGAUCAUCUACUUCACCAACGGGUUUGUGGGACAGUCCAAUGUGAAUGUAUAUGGCAAGCCCAUAUACCUCACUCUGAUUGGUCGACGGUCCAACCAGUAUGCCGGCACCAGGUUUCUCAAGAGAGGCGCCAACUCCGAGGGUGCUGUAGCCAACGAGAUCGAGACUGAGCAGAUAGUCCAUGAUGCAUCAGUAACCUUCCUAGAGCAUGGCAAGGUCACAUCCUUCACCCAGAUGCGUGGCUCCAUCCCGCUGUUCUGGUCCCAGGACAUAGCCAAGAUGGUCCCCAAGCCUCCCAUCAUGUUGGACAAGCGUGACCCCUACGCCCACUCCGCCGGCCUCCAUUUCAACCAAGUGCUCCUGAGAAACGGGGCCCCUGUCAUUGUCCUCAAUCUAGUCAAGAUGAGAGAGAAGAAAAGGCAUGAGUCUAUCCUGAGCGAUGAAUUCAUAGACACCAUAAACUACCUCAACCAGUUCCUGCCCCCUGAACACACGAUACAGUACAUAGGCUUCGACAUGGCCAGGGUCAACAAGAGGAAGGACACGGACGUGCUGGUCCGUCUGGCCAAGAUAGCCAAGUACUGCAUCAAGCAGACGGGCUUCUUCCUCAGCAUGCCGCCCGCCCAGGCGCAGGUUGUCCUCAAGGAUGAAGAGUUCAAGGGUAUUCAAGGUCAUCGUACAGCAACUGGUUUACGCCAGACUGGCAUAGUUCGGACAAACUGCGUGGACUGCCUUGACAGAACCAACACGGCACAGUUUGCAGUGGGACGGUGUGCGAUGGCAUAUCAACUGUAUGCCCUGAAUGUGAUAGACAAGCCCCACUUGGAGUUUGACACCGACUGUCUGAGGAUGCUGGAGGACCUGUACGAGGAUCACGGGGACACAAUGGCGUUGCAGUAUGGUGGCUCACAGCUCGUCCACCGCAUCAAGGGUUACCGCAAGAUCUCACCAUGGACAUCUCACUCCAGGGACAUCAUGCAGACGCUGUCUCGUUACUAUAGCAACGCCUUCUCAGACCUGGAGAAGCAGCAGGCCUACAAUCUGUUCCUGGGUGUGUUUGCACCGAAGGACGGGGAUCUGAACCUGUGGGAACUGCCAACUGACUACUACCUGCACAACCGCAACGCCCUCACCUUCACCCGCCUCAAACACCGGAGCUACUCUCAGUGGUGGGAUCUGCCUGUGUGUCGUAGUCUGCCACUCUCGUCAGAGGAAGAAUCAAAGUCCUUGACCACGGAGCUGCUGCCUGUUUCCAAGGGAGAGAAGGAUGAGAGGGUGAACGCCUUCUUCGAGUACUACCGGCCGUUCGAGCUGACCUCACUGGACGACCACUACUGCAUGUCCAUGACCAGCUCCAUCAAAGACUUCAUGCCUAAAGGAGCGAGUGAUCCAAGUCCAUUCCACCUGCGUCGCAUCGCCGCCACGGCCGCCAACCCUGCACAGCAGGACAAGAGCGGAGUGGCCACAUUCCAUCGCAACCAAAGCAGCACACAACUUGCCUUCAUUACCAGACAGGAGGCCAAUCCCAAUAUUUCGGGCAAGGACUCCACAUCAUCAGUGACCUCUCAGGGGUCAGAGGGCAGCACAAGUAGCACCGACGACUCUGACAUGGAAGGUGACGUCAACCUCGGCUCAGACUCGUCAAGUCCAUAUGACUCGGAGUCCGAAUCUAACUAUGUAUCAUUCCAGGAUCUGUUCCCGUCUAUGAAGAAAGUGUACAACACGGACAUCACCGACCUCAACAAGAGAGACAAGAAGCUGUAUGAGAGGUACGUGGAGAUCCAACAGGGGUACCGGGAGCCGGAGACAAGCGACCCGUCCCGCUCCACCAACGGUGUCAAGCAGAGCAGGGUCAAGCCAGGCUUGGAUGUCUACCCAAUCAGUGCAUUCAAGCUGGACAGUACGUACGGCGUGGAACCGCCGCCGGUCAGCCGGCUGUCGCAGGACAUCUAUGCUGCCUACGUGCUACGUGGUCUUCAUGGCGCGGGCCCACCCACUAAAGCUGAUAAAAUAACAUAUGCUAAAUAUGUCAGCCAUAAGUAUAUGUAAUGAAGAUGUUGA